AGUAACAUAAAAUCCAUAGACGUACAUGAACGUUCGACCAAAAUUAAAAUAAAAAAAAAUUAGAAACAGACAAUACAUACAAAGACAAGUGCAUUCUAAGUUACAAAAAAUACAUUAGUUUUAAACUUAUAAAAAUGGCUCUUUUUCGCGAGCGGGCCGAGCAGGUUAGUCGACGCUGUACGCACACAACCAAUUCUUUGUUGCCCAGUAGUAACGAUGAAGAAGAUGACAACGAAAGUAGACAUCAGCUAGCGAAUUCUAUGCUGUCGCGAACCCCGUUGCUUAUCAUGGAUUACGUUCAAUUCUUGGCCUCUCGCAAAAUACAAAAGUACUGGCGCGGAUAUCACAUUCGUCGUUCAGUUGAGAAAAACCAUUGGGCAGCCAUUGUCAUACAGCGUUGGUGGCGUGGCUUUUACGUGCGCAGGAACUACAUGACGUUUAUAGAAGAGAAGUUACAAAAUGUAUUGAUUCAACACUACAAUAAGGCGGCAACGAAGAUACAAGCGCUUUUCCGUGGUUGGUGGCUGCGUCAGACGGUGCACGAUAUGAACGGGCUGCACAAAAUGCAGACUACAGCUGCCGAGGAUCUGCUCAAUUGCGUGGCCUUUAAGCUCCAUUAUCUGUUGCGCACCUAUUCCAUACCAGGCGUAUACUCGCUACGCAACUCACACUGUUUGUCUCGCGUGGAAAAGCUGAUGAUCAGCAUGAACUAUCGUUUCCAUAACGGACGCGUGCAUGCCAGCAUCAUGAAUCGAAAGGCUGUACUGGAGGGGCAACGAACGAAUUUUAAAAAUGCCAAACAUUAUACGAAUGUGCCGUUUUCGGGACCCAAUUACAAGGGCACUUGUAAGCCCAAUUGCGAAGAAAUUAUGGCCAGUACAAAGGAUAUGGACAGGCGAAUGUAUAAAAUCAUAGAGGCUUAUGACGAAUCGCAGCGAGAAGCCAAAUUGAAAAUGUCCCAUUUUAACGUGGCUGAAAGGAGGCGACGCUGGCGUAUACAGAAGAUUCUUGAACAAAAAGAGAAAUGUAAACGUGAUUUUUGUGGUGACGUCAUUGCCAGCAUGCGACGAUGGAGCAUAUGGGACGGCAAAAAAAUUGAGAAGGAUAUAUUUCGAAAUCCCGAAAAUCUAGAAAAUUUUCUUAAUGACGCCUUUGACAUUAUGAUGGAUCUUCCCAAUUGCCAUUGCAAAACACCCGUACACGACGUAAUUGUUUGUCAUUGAUUCAGAUUUUUUAAGCAAAUAUGGCUCUGAAGCAAUCCACUGCAAUAACAAAUCAGAGUUAUUAAAUAUCUUAACCGCAUACAACGAUGUUUUGCUUACCGAAGAUGUUGCCGAAGAAGCGCAACAGCACCGUAAUAAAGGAGGGUCUAUUUGGAUCCAUCCACCUUUCGGUUAGCUCGUCUGUUACAAGAAAUUUUGUUGAAAUAUGUCCCAAUUAUUCACAUAUUUCUGAUCUUACCAAGAUGCUCGCAGUCUAAGCGCUCAUUGUCCAAGUCUACUGUAUGAGCUUCGCCGAUCGCCUGAGUGGUUUGUUCUGGGUCCAUUUUAACGUGCUAGGAAUUUUCACCAAAAUUUUACUGUAAAUUUCAAUUAAGCAAAUAUUUUUUUCUAUACAACUAUUUAUUCUCUUAUACUAAGUUGAAAACAACUGACAUUUUAUUUUUUUUCCCUUUAUAUAUAUAAAUAUAUGUGUGAUUCUUUUAACAUA